AUGUUCUUCAAUUUGUCGACGUACGGUCGUAUCGCUAACGACGGGAUUAUCGAAUCCCGGAGUAUCCACAAGCACGACACUGUGGAUUAUGCAGCUUCUGUGGUACCAGAAAAGAUUUCGAUUGCACCUGCCAUACCCACGACUCUACAGUCAAUUAGCUAUACUGUAUGGAAGCGAGGCGCAAAUAGAAAACGAAAAAAGACGCCUACGUACUGCACUGGCACCUCCGAUAUCGUCAGAACUAUGGAUCUUCUCGAUGAUUGCACCAUUAGAGACAAUGUUCCUCCAAUAUCCAUCUUUUAA